AUGGGUACCUUAAUUCACAAGGGGACUUUCUCUAUCACUUUAGAAUUCACAAAUACUUCACUCAACAUUAAAUGGGCUUGUACAAGUGUUUAUGGCCCUAAUGACAGGACUUUAAAAUUUGAAUUCUGGAAUGAACUUCGCACUGUCAGAAAUUUACACGAAUUAUCUUGGCUCAUUUGUGGAGACUUCAACACUUCUUUCACUUUUAAUGAUAAAAAUAAUGGAAUCCCUAACCCAAGGGAAAUUGCUAAUGCCCAGCAGUUUCUUGGAGAUCUCAAUCUUAUUGAUCCUCCAUUACAUGGGCGCAAAUUUACUUGGACUAAUGGACAACCCAAUCCCUUAUGGGUUAGACUGGACAGAUUCUUAUACACACAUGAUUGGCCAUUAUUUUUUCCUAGAACAAUUCAAAGUUCUUUUCCUAGAAUUGGCUCCGAUCAUUCCCCCAUUUACUUGGAUUUCGGCAACCACUACACUCGUUCUAGAAUUUUCAGAUUCGAAAAAUCUUGGUAUUCCAACGAUCUUCUAGAGAGCUUAAUUCAAGGCUGGUGGUCUGAUCAAAAUCCUGUUGGUUGUGGGGCCUACAUUAUCACCAAAAAAUUCGCCUACUUAAAAUCUAAACUUCGCCUUUGGGCAAAAGAAAAUUUUGGUGCUUCUAACAUUCAUAAAAAAAGUUUGCUCGCUGAUUUAAAUUCACUUGAUACCAUUCGUGAAAGUAGAAAUCUUUCUGAGGAUGAAUCUACCCGUUUCGCCCACAUUCAAUCUGAACUUCACAUCCUACUAAAACAAGAGGAGAUUUACUGGAAACAACGCUCUAGAAUUACUUGGCUUAAAGAGGGUGACGCAAAUACUAAAUAUUUCCACCUUCUGGCUAAUGGCAGGAGGAAUAAAAAUUUUAUUCCUAGAAUUCGAAGUAAUGGGAAUUGGAUUGAGGGUAAUCAAGAAAUUGGAAAAAAUUUCACUGAUCACUUCCAGAACCUUAUUGGUACCCCGAUCCCUCAUAGAUUUCUACUCAACUGGCACCAUCUUUUUAAUUUCAAAGAUAGAGUUGAUCUCUCUUCGCUAGAACUUCCUUUCUCUUUUGAUGAAAUCAAAAAUGCUGUGUUCGAUCUUAACGCAGAUAAAGCUCCAGUGGAUAAUUCUCAAUCCGGAUUCAUUAAGGGUAGAUGUAUCGCUGAUAAUAUUAUUGCUGCUCAGGAAGUGAUUUUCAAUCUUCAAAAAAGGAAAAUUCUUGGCUACGCUCUUAAAGUUGAUUUCGCUAAAGCCUUUGACUCCUUGGACUGGAAUUUUCUACUUGAGAUUCUAGAAGCUAGAGGUUUUGGUAAUCGUUGGAUUUCAUGGAUACACACAAUUCUCAAAUCUGCCAAAACUCAAAUUCUCAUUAAUGGUACUACUCAGGGUUACAUUCGCUGCAAAAGAGGUCUAAGGCAAGAAUUUGUCGUCCCAGAAGCAUGGGUGGCUGGGGCAUUCUUAAUCUUCAGGAAUUCAAUAAAGCCUUACUUGGCAAAUGGUGGUGGAAAUUCAUUACUACACCAGAUUCAUGCUGGUCCAUGA